GGUUUAGUGAAUUGAAGUAUAAUAUAUGCACCGACAUUUUCAGAACAUGGCUCGUUUAAAAGUACAGAACAAAAAUACAAAAGCUCAUCACGAAGAAAAGAAAACAAGGCAGCGCGAAGCUAUGAGAAGGCUACGUGAAUCAAGGCGACAGGAUCCAGAGAAGUAUGAAGAAGACAAGCGAAAAGAACGGGAACGGUAUUACCGGAGAAAAGAAGCAGGCCAAAUUAAAACCAUUGACCAAAUGUCAGAAAGAGAAAAACGGAAUCAAAGGAAAGAGUGGCGGAAUAGAAGUAAAAAACACUAUCUUGGAAAGAAAAAUGCAAAGGAGCUCGAGCUUAAAUUACAAGAAAACUCACCACCUGCCACUCCAAUCCCGGAAGAACUAAUGGCUGAAGCACCAUAUGAUGAAAUACUUCAAGAAAGAUAUGAUGGAAGAAAGAGGCAAGGCAGGUCACGAAGAAGAAAACACGUAAAGGCUCUAAGAAAAUAA